GCAUAGUCGAUCAUGAAGGGUGGCAAGAAGGAAGUGGCCGGUGCGGUGGUGGCCAUACUGCUGGUUCUGCAGCUCAUGGCAGCUCCACCGACGGCCAUGGCCGCCCGCUCGCCGCGCGGAGCCGUGCCGGAUGGCUCCCUCGCCACGACGCCCAAGGUGACGAUGCUGUCGGCCACGCUGUGCUACACGGGGGAGACAUGCAAAUACAUUGGCUGCCUCACUCCUGCUUGCUCCUGCAACUAUAGUGAUCGUCUAUGCUACAUCAUAUUUACUCCUGUUGCUUGAGGCCAUUCCGCGAAGCCACAACUCUUACAAUAUGCAUGCGCCGGCCGACGACGACGCGCGCUGCCUCUCGUGAGCUUCUGUUCAAGUGAUGCAUGUUUCAAGGCAUCCAUGGAUGCUUUACGUAUAUGCGUAUUAAUUAGCCGUGUCAGGGAACCGGACAGAAGGGGGUGUUGUUUUAUAUUUACGUCUUCUGGUGAUCAAAUAAAGGGGAAAUAUAUGUUGGAUGUGUGCAAUGCAUAGAAUUUUAUUGCUCGCUCUGCAUGCGAGGGUUGCU